AUGACUAGAGGAUUCGGCUUGUCUGGCAAAUGGGACAAAUUUAAAAACCGCACCUCCACUAAAGCCCGCGGACGUUGGAAAGGGCGAAAAGGGGAACUAGAGGAUUUGGCUUGUCUGGCAAAUGGGCUAAAUCCCCUGAAACACCUGAAGAAUACGCCUCUUCAUUCAUUACAUUAUUUGGUUCAAUCUCCAACGACCAACCGAUUCCCCAAAAUUCAACAUAUUUGGAAGAUGGACUUGGGAAUAUUACGAAAUUCCCCUGAAACACCUGAAGAAUACGCCUCUUCAUUUAUUACAUUAUUUGAUUCAAUCUCCACGACCAACAAAAUUCAACAUACUUGGAAGACAAUUGUGGGAGUACUAUGA